UCGAAGAGAAACCCUGGAUCUCGUCGAAACCCCAGCUAUUUGAGGUUGUCCACCAUUGCUUGAAAAAAAGUAGCAGCUGAGGAUGAAGAGUCGGAGUGGGAAGAACGAGGGAACUAGCAAAUCCUUCAACAAGUCUGAAUCAAUCAAUAGACCCAAAUCAAAGACGAUGAAGAAGAGGAAGAAUAAUAAUCUGCCGAGGGUGGGUGCGGGUGGCCUUUCACUCAACGCCUUUGCAAGCAAAUCCAAGGACAAUCACUAUAACCCAGCUCUCAUAAAAAAGCAAAGGGAGUUCUAUAAGAAUGCUAAGAAGGUGAAAAAGUUUAAGAAGUUGUUAAACCAGCAAAAUGAGCAGCAUGACGUCACCUUAACCCAGAGGCUGAUUGAGAAUGAGAUUGGAGUGGAAGGCAGGGACAAGAGCAAUAACAGGAGCAGAAAAGAUGCUUCCCUUAGUCUGGAAGAAUUGUAUGAGAAGAAACACGAAGAGAAAGAGAAAGAAAGGCUGGAAAGGGAGGCAGCUAUCAGGGCAAAGAAGGAAGAAAUAGAAAAGGCUGAAUCUCGGAGAAAGGCUAUGCGGGACAAAAUGUUCAAGAAAACACGAAAAGGGCAGCCUGUUAUGAAAUAUAGAAUAGAACAUCUUUUGGAUACAAUUCAAGGUUCAACUAAAAAUUAAAUCUGGAAAAAAAAAAUCCCAAUGUGUUGGUGGAAAAAAGAGAGAAAAUUGGGGAGAAAGUCUUUAGUGUUUCUGAAUUCUGCCACCAGUAUUUUGCUCUUACAUUUGUAGAAUAGAACAUCUUCAGGUGCUGGUAGAACAUGAGAGAAUGAGUUAUAAUAUAUAGAUUUUGUAGUGUUCUGUGCCAUCCUUUCCAA